AAGCAAAAAUUAAAUUAAUUUUGUAAAAAAAAGUUAUGAUUAAAAACUAAAUGAACGGUAAAAGUGUGAUCUUUUAGAUUUUCGGACCUUUUCAUUCAUUUUUAGCUCUAAAGUAAGUUUCCCAAAUAAUCGGCAAUGGAAAAAAAUCAUGCGCCCUUUGGCUUUAGAAAGUUACCUAAAGCCUAACAGGCGAAAAAAUAUGACUUUUUAGAAUUAUUAUCAUGAUAUUAAGGGGCCCACUAGUGAAAUUUUGAAAAAAUAAAGUUUUUUUUUCAUACUUCGAUACUCUAUACCUUCAAAAAUACCACAAUAAAAUUUUAAGUCCUUAUCUCGAUUAAUUCUUUUGAGUUACAACCUUUUGAAAAAUAGUCGUAUAUCGGUUCCCGAAAAUACACUUUUUAAAAUCGCUGCCAUUAGAACUCGAAGACAAAUUAUGCGAUCGAUUUAAUUUGAAUUGCAGUUUUUUUCAUAUGUUUCUACGUAUCAUGAGCCUCCAACUUUUCGAUCGAAUAUAAAAUCUAAUUGCAGUAGGCCAAAGAUCAUUAAGUUUUCAGGCAAAAUUUGAAUUUUUUUUUUAAACUCCAUCUUUUUGGUAGAUUCAAAUUUUUUUCUGUAGCCCGAGGGUCAUGAUACGGGAAAUAUCUUCUAGUUUCAUAAACUUUUCAGUUUUUUUUUAUUUCAUGCACUGCCAAGGUUGGUAUCACCGCAACACUGGAGAGACUUUUUUUCGGAUCGUUGGGAAAUUAUAAAUAACGUGGUGCAUUUAGAAUUUUUCGGACCAAAAAUUUUAUCUUGGAUUCAUUAUAUACCCAUAAAUAUAUCCUUAAAACUUUAAAUAUUCUAUGCCGUAGUUUUCUUUCAGAAAAUUCCCAAAUAUCAUUGUUUUUUUCAGCGGUCACAGUAGUGGUCCCCCUAAAAUCCUAAAGUUCUGUAAAUAAUUAACCCAAUGAACGGAUGAUUCACAUCAAAACGAUUUCUAAGAAAUUCUAAUUGGAAGUUAACAUAAAUACUGAAUAAUACGAAUAUCAAGGUCGCUUAUUUGAAACCGUCAACAUGAUAGAGAUAUCGAACGCACAUCGGCUUAUAUCAUUGCUGGUAAACACACUAAAUUUUUUGGGUUUAACCCACAUGAUUGUGUUUAUCUACAUUUCUCCCUCAUCUAUUUCUCACUCCUACCACUGCUGCACUUUGAAUAAAAACAUACAUGUAGAUAUGAGUAUACCAAAUCAUGGUUUAGCUUUAUUCCAUUGUAAGCAUUCGUACAAUUCGUGUAAAAGAGUAUAUUAACAAAUAUCAAAAUUUUAUCUUAUUCGAUACAGUGAUUUUCAAAAUGAAUUUAAAAUUAUUUAUUGGAUUUAUGAUUUUGUUAACAAUUUCAGAUGUCAAUGGUUGUGGAAAACGUCAUAGCAGAAGUCACAGGGGUGGAGGCUUUAGUCGUUUAUUCCGUUCAUCAGAUUCUUCAGGACACUCGAGUUCAUCUGGACAUUAUGGAUCAUCUGGGUCAUCCGGAUAUCAUGUAUCUUCUAGCUCAUCAGGUUAUUAUGAAUCCUCUGGAUCUUCUAAUCAUUAUGGAUCAUCAGGAUCAUCUGACGACAGAUCAUCAGGAUUAUCUAGUCAUGAUGGAUCGUCUAGAUUAUUUGAAAAUGAUAGUCCUAGUAGCUUUCAAACUACUACCAAAAAAAUGUCUCAUAUAAUUCCUGUUGUUCAUUCCCAUCCUUAUCAUCAUACUGCAUAUUCUCAUGGUUCAUCGAACCAAGUGAGUGAACAAGUCGAAUCAACUACAUCAUCAGUAACGAACGAACCAAUAGAUCAGAACAACGCGAAUUAUCCCUCGUUUGACUUAUCACCAUCAUUAUCUGAUCCUACAGCUGACAUGCUAAAAAUCCUAAAACAAUUAACUGAUGAAGAUAAGUCUGCUGAGUUAAGAAAGAAUUUGACAUCCUCUUCAUCAAUAACACGAUCUACAAUGAAUAUUCCUGAAUCCGAAAAUCAUAAAUUAAAAACAAAAGAUAAAAUUGAGCCGACUCAAUCAAACCUCACGACAACAUCACUUGAAUCUGAUGAUGUUCUCAACGCUAUGAAAAAAGUCAUCAAUGCAAUUGGUUUGGAUUUGAAAUUUAAUAACCAGUUAGUUUAGUAUCUUUACAACCAAUCAAAAUAAGCUACUUUCAGUUCAACGAGACGAAAAAAUACUAGCAAACGCAUAAAUUACGAAUUUGUUAAGCCAGAGUACGGAAACAUAUGUAUUUCAUGUCUUGGGAAAAUACAAAUAAUAGUUCUGUCUGCUGACUGACGUGAUUCGCAAUAUAAACUCUGGUACUUGUCAUUUGCUUAAUAGUAAUUUCAGUCUUUCAAUUAAGGGAGGGGUGGGGGCUAGAGGAAUCACCACCCGUAUGAAAAAACAAUAUGUUAUAAUAAUAAUUAAAUAAAUACAAGACCGGACUGGUUGGUAGUUGGGAUAUUGGAAAAAUACGCAUAUAAAAAAAUAUAUUAAUAUUUUUUUUGUCACAGCACAAAAUAUCACUGGGUUACAAAAUUAAAUCGUUGAUUUAAUUUAUUAAUACUGUUAAUUGUUUGAGCUCAUGAAUACGUAAUUACUUGAAUACAAAUUAUAGAAUUGAGCUCGAGUAAUUAAUUGAAAUAAUUGAGAUAACUAAAUUGAGUUUAGUUGAACACUGAGUUAAUCGCAAAAAAAUAUAAUGAGAAUAAGUAACAUGAAUUAAUGACCACUAGAAUUCUUGAGUUUUUAAAAGUAUUUAUUCAUGAGCUCUGGUGCCCAAAAGUAUGUAAAUAAUUAUAUUCAUAUGUUGCUUAAUGAAUGCUUGUUUUAAUUGAAUUAUCAUUUUAAUUAAUUAUCUCUUGAUGAAUACAAAAUGAUACGAUUAAAUCAUAACACGUGUUAUCACUUGAAUGUACAUUGCAAAAGAUAAUGGCGGCCGUCUUCUCGUCACAAGGCAGGAAAAAGUCGAUGCACAUGUGCCACACUGCGCAUGACCAAGUUCAAAUUUUACAAACAUGAGGCCCCAGUAGGUGCUGCCUCUAUCUGUCGGAAGUUCAACUAUGGUUGUAUUUAAAUAUAGUUGCAAUUACGCAACAUAAUAUUCAGUUAAAAUUUAUGAAAUCAUAUAUGUUUGCAACAAAAAAAUGUAUGACAUAUUCUAUCGUAUAUUAUAAAAAUCAUAGAGAUUUUGGUCGAUUUAAUAUAAAGUUAUAAUAUUAUAAUUAAAUCGAAUAAAAUGAAUUUUUUUUAAUAAAACAUU